CGCGCACACCGCUGGUCGCGCUCGAGUCUCGGAGUCUGUUUCAGACGGAAACACCAGCACACGCGUAGCAUGCAUAGCGAGAGCCUUCUUCACCCUGCUUGACGGAACGCCCAGCCGUCAGAUUGCCGACGCUCGCUCGCAGCUGACGCCGAGAACACGAUCUCCGUCUCCUCAGGGCCUUGAACGUGGAGUACCGCUUCGGGAGUCCUGUCAUCAUGAGUGCGUGCGGCGUCUAUCGGGAACAGGAUGGCCUGUACAUCAGCUGCAUAUUCCAAGAGCCGGUCGUCAAAGAAGCUCUCGCCUACAAGCCCAAACCGGGUGACGUGUUCAUAGUCUCCUACCCGAAGUGUGGCACAACAUGGAUGCAGCACAUAGUCUACGCCAUCUACAAUGACGGCAUUCCACCCAAGGACAUGGACGACUUCAUGCGAAGGGCCCCUUUCCUCGAGAUGCUGGGAACCGCAGCGGUUGAUUCCAUGCCACGCCCGGGUGCCAUAAAGACCCACCUGCCUUAUCACCUGCAGCCCAUGUCUCCAGAGGCCAAGUACAUUUACGUCACCCGCAAUCCCUACGACUGCUGCGUAUCCUUCUAUCACCACACCAGGUCCUUCCCGGCAUAUCGGUUCGCGCAAGAACCCUUCGACAAGUUCUUCGACAUGUUCGUCGAGGGCAAAGUUGACUACGGCGACUACUUCGAGCACCAGAUCUCCUGGUACGACCACAGGAACGACGACAACGUACUCGUGAUCACGUACGAGGAGCUCAAGAUGGAUCCCCGAGCAGGAAUUCUGAAGAUUGCCGAUUUCCUGGGAGAGAGUUACGGGAAGAAACUGCGAGAGCAACCGGAAGUUUUGGAGAGGAUCCUCAACACCACCAGCCUGAAGACAAUGAAGGGAUUCAACGACGAAUUCAAGAAGUGGACUGAAAAGGCCGCCGAUCUCAUUGGACAGGCGGGCAAGAAUAUAACGAUGCCCGCGGAGGUGGCCGAGGAUUUGAAGAAGCCCAUGACUGGUGACUUUGUGAGAAAGGGAAUCAUCGGCGACUGGAAGAACCACUUCACGCCGGACCAAAUUAGGCGCAUGAAAGAGAGGAUUGCCGAAAAAACCAAGGGAAGCACAGUCAUGAGCCUCUGGAAUGACGUUGAACUUCCAUAGAGAAAUGGGUCUUGUGCAACACUGUGUUAACGAGCAGCGCGUAACCUGUUCUAUGGACUCCCUACUGUUCUAAACUAUUUUCAAGAGCUAAUUAUACAUGGGAGUAUAAGUAAUGGUUUUGCUGAAUUUAACUCCCUAGGUGCUUUAUAUUAGACGCAUCAAAGUGUUAAAAAAGACAUCAUGGUCAGGUAUUCAACUUGUAGUUAAUAUUAUUUUUCUUCUUACGCACGUUUUGUUAACAACAAACCGACGAACCAACCAAUGAUGUAACGUUACCAACGUGCCCCUUCACUCCUUUCAGGGAGUUAUCUUUUUGGGCUACCUUAGAGCUUACUGACACCACGAAAACUAUUCACUUUAGAG